GGUUGCGUUCUUGAUUGGUGUCCCAAUUGUUGGUGCUGCAAGUGCUCGUUAUUGCGCGUAACAUUUGCUCUCGGGAAGACUGAGCUGGUAAUUAACGCACACUGGUCGCGGAAUCCAGCAGUCCCCAACUACGUCUGCGAUGGAAGAGAUAGUAGCCAAAGUAGGAAACGUUGUCUUCGAGCUGGAGGUGGCCCUCGAUCGACAGCUCGGCGCGCUUCCACUGCCUUUUCCCGGCAUGGACAAGUCUGGAGCAGCCGUGUGCUGCUUCUAUCUGAAGGGCAGCUGCAGCAAAGGAUCCGCAUGUCCCUUUCGGCAUGUUAAGGGCGACCGAACCGUGGUAUGUAAACACUGGCUGCGGGGUCUUUGCAAGAAGGGCGACCAGUGCGAAUUCCUUCACGAGUUCGACAUGACGAAGAUGCCGGAAUGCUAUUUCUACUCGCGUUUCAACGCAUGUUGUAACAAGGAAUGCCCAUUUCUGCAUAUAGAUCCCGAAUCCAAAAUGAGAGAUUGCCCCUGGUAUGACAGAGGGUUUUGCCGGCACGGCCCACUCUGUCGCAAUCGACACACACGGCGCGUGAUGUGUAUCAAGUAUCUUUGCGGAUUUUGCCCCGAUGGACCCGAGUGCAAAUUUAUGCACCCCAUGUUCGACCUGCCUGUUCUAGACCCUGUGCCGCAAGGGAAGAACAUCGUCUGUCAUUAUUGUGGUGAGCCUGGGCACAAGGCAUUAUUUUGCCAAAAAAUGCCCAGUGAUACGCGCGAGGAGCAGCAGUUUCGUAUGCAGUUCCACAAUCACCACGGCGGAACGCACCGACGCGACCACGACGACGGUGGAGGAAACAACACUGGACGAGUGCAACGAGGCCUCAGACCACUGGAUCAGGUCACCUGCUACAAGUGCGGCGAAAAGGGACACUAUGCCAACAAGUGCCCCAAAGGCCAUUUGGCUUUCCUCAGCAGCGCACUUCGAAAUUCCCCGCACGUGUAAAGCUGGCGCACGCAGUGCAUCGCAAUAUUUGGCGCUGUUUUGUAUGUUUCAAUUAAUAAAAAAGCUUUG